AUUUUUUGAAAGAUACGAAAUUCAAUUUUAGGAAUGGAAGGAAAUCGUACACAGGGCCAUGGGACCAUGUGCAAAUAUGCUAACAUAUAAAUCAAACAAUGACAAUACCUUCUCCUAAGACAUAAGUAUAAUAUUUCCAUGGCGGACGUUAAUCAAAUCGAGUGUUCACCCCAAAUUCACGCAAUUUGGGAUUCUUUAGACCAGGUAAAUGGAGAAAGAGUUGCAACAUCAACUCCAAAUAGUUCCACCGUUGCUGUUGGGACACGCCCACCUCGCAGAAAAAGUAGAAGAUCUUGGUUUGACAAGCCUUCCUCAAAGUAUGAAAUCGCAGUUGAAAAGAAAAGACGAUCUAAGGGUCGCAAAAGUGAAGUAGAAGAUGAAAUCUUGAUGCUGACACAUUUCACAAAUCCUCCAAAAAUCAGUUUUGGAACUCUCAAACCAGGACAAAAUAAAAGCAGAACUUUAAUGAUUAAGAACCCACAUGACUAUGACCAAACUGUUAAGGUUGAAAAGUUUCCACACAAGAAACACUUUUCAGUUCAAACUGUUGAAUUUACUAUUCUUGCAAAGGAAACAUUUCCAUUUGAAAUAACAUGGGAACCAGAAGAUGAAGGCAACUUCAGAGAAAUGAUUUUAUUUGUGGUAGACAACUCAUACAGACUUCAAGGAUUUGUCUUUGGCACUGUGGAAGCACCAAAGAAGAAAGUCAUAAAAAGAAAAGGUCUCCUUGGUUCAAAAGUACAGAAGCCAUUUUCUAUUCUUCAUACACAGAGCUUAGCAAACAUUAAGAAGUCAUAUAGUCCACAAAAAGGGGAAAAAAAGAGAAGUGAACAAGUUCAGCAAAAAUCCAACAUUGAAAAUGAACCUCCAAGGGAGAUAAAUCUACCAGAUGAAGCUGUUGAAAUUGGUCAACAAGGUCAAGUAAAAGAUGUUAAAAGUGAGAGGCGCAAAAGUCAUCGGAGGUCAAGUACAUAUGUGAAAAUGCCAGAUUUAGGGGUGUCACCAAUAGGAUUACCACCCGGAACAGGGAAAAAAACUAAUAGUAAUGAUAUUUUACACAGUACUGUUCGAUCUGAUAUCGAGAGUCAAAGUUCUCCACUAGAUGGCUUAGGUGUUGAGGAACUGAGAUUUAAUAGCCUUACACCUCAAACUCCUGAAAACCAGAAGUUUGGUAACAUUCAUACUGAAACACAAGGUUUUAUAUCACCAAAUAGCUUUUUGCAAGAUUCUUUAUGUCAAAAUACAGACAAUUCAGUUUGCAAACAACAAAAAGAUAGUAUCUCAGAAAAUGGAGAAAAUCAGAAAGCACAUGACAUGAAGAAUGCAAAUCAAAAUCCAAAAACUUUUUUAAGUCCAGACACCUUUUUAAAAGAUUUGAAUAAUACUUUAGAUGGUGAUAAAAAGGUCCAGUAUACUGCCAACAAUAUUCCAAGUCCUGAUGCAGUUUUGAAUAAAUCCAUCCCUCAUAACAUAUUAGUGAGACAGCUUGAUUCAGUGAAGACAAAACUACAGAAGAAUCAAGUAUUGAAAGAGAGGAAAAGUGCAACCAAUUGUAUUUCAAGAAAAUCUUUAAAAACUGCAAAACCUGAAAAUGUAAGACGUGAAACUUUUACAAAAUCGUCAUCUGGCUUAGGUAGCCAACAGCAAAGAAAUUUCAACAAUACAAACAGUUGUCAGAGAGAAUCAUUUAUGAAAACAGAAAAGAAAUCCAACCCUUUUGUUAAAGUUCCAAGUACAUGUACCUCUAGUCCACGACGAACAACAUUUAUAGUAAAAGGUGGGAAAAAAACUAUAAACAGUAAAAGGAGAAUUGCAAAACCAACAGCAAAAAUAGACAAAAUGUCAAAACAAAAUGGUCACCUCCAUAUUGAAAAGGAUAUUAUUACCACUGAAACAAUAGUUCAGGAUGAAGUAGAAACUGUCUCAACUACAAAAAUCACAGAAGUUGUUGAUACAUAUACAUGUACUAUAAUUGAUGGUAAACAAGUAAUUCAUUCACCUGAGAGAUCAACUUCAUUGAAGGAACAUCACACAACUACAAAAACUGAAGUCUCAAAAACAGUAGAUUCCAGUACAGUUGUAAAAAACAGAACAUUACCUACGCCAGAACGAUCAUUAUGUGGAAAACAGUUGUUUUCACCACAUACUGGACACAGUGUCUAUAGUAACAGUUCUAUCAAUGGUGAUGUUUCAAUAGGUUCUCCACGUCGUCUGCCAGACAGUCCCUUAGCAGCUGUAGUCAGUAAAAGAUCCACUAUGACUGUGACCAAGGAAAAACCCUCAGAGGCUCUCAUAGAGCAGACAGAAAGAAGAUUGUCAACAUGUCUCUUUGGACAGGAUGAUGAAAAAGAUGGGUUAGGAAAUAUGGAUGAGGAUUCUUUAGAAAAGAAAAGCAUUAGAAAAUAUGAAAUUUCUGACAUUGAGGAAGGGAAUGAAAACUUGUCAUCCCCUUUAUUGAGUAAAAUAUCUUUUAAACAAAAUACCAAUAUUGAUACACCAUUGCCGGAAACAAGAUUAGCUAAACAGAAUCACAAUCUUUCACUCGAUACACCAAUGAGGGAAGCAGGUUUUACUGAACAGAAGUACAAAGUUGAACUCGAUACACCAAUGCGGGAAACAGAAUUGACUAAUCAAGAUUUCAAUAUUGAACUUGAUACACCGAUGCGGGAAGCAGGAUUGACUAAACAGAAGUUUGAUUUUGAACUAGAUACACCAAUGCGGGAAGCAGGAUUGACUAACCAAAAUUACAAUGUUGAACUGGAUACACCAAUGCGAGAAGCAGGAUUGAUUAAAAAGGAUCAUGUUGAACUGGAUACACCAAUGAGGGAGGCAGCAUUGACUAACCAGAAUAAAAUUUCUGAAAUAGAUACACCAAUGCGUGAAGCAGGAUUCACAAAGGAAGAUAGCAAAAAUUUUAUUGAUGAUUUAGGAAGCUAUCAUACCCAGGACACACAACUGACAAAUAUACCAUGUUCAUCAUAUGGAAAAGGGAUCAAAGAUGAUCAUGAUGAUAUGCGUUCCCCAUUUAAACCUAAAGAAUCUUCCGAGAUGGAAACAUCAAUGAAAACUUUUGAGUCUUUUGACUUGAAACCAGAAAAUGUUAUUGAAGCUGUACCUAUAAACAAUUUUGAUAUUUGUGAAAAAAGCUCACUAGAGCAGUGUGGGGAAGAUUUAGCUGAAAGUAAGAGGAAAAUGGAAAAAACAGAGACCACUGUUAAGCGAAGAUCAUUUUGGGAAAAACCGUGUGAUCUCAGUACCUUUGAGAAUUUGGACACUCCAAUGAGGGAAGUAUAUAACAAUAUGGAUAUAGAAGAGAGGAAAAAACAUAGGCGGUCAUUUUGGGAAAAAACAGAUGAAUCAAAGUUGACCCCUGUAACCUUAAAAGGUAUAAAUAAUUCAGGAAAUGUAAGUGAUCAUGAUGAAUUAACAAGUCCAAUGCAUGAAAAUGUUCUUAAAAACACAUCUUCCUUUGAUCCAGAUCUGGUGGAUUCUGUUGAGAAGAAUUGCAGUUUUCCUACAACGCCAUACCAUUUAUUGCCAAAGACACCAAAUCCUGAUAAUUCCAGACGAUCAACUCAUGUUGUGGAAAAGCCCAAAAUUUUCAAAUUGGAUGAAGUUCAGAAGAAAAAAUUGUUUGCUGAUGAGUCAGAUGUUAGCAUAGAUCAAGUCGAGAUAAAUAUCUGUUGUGAUGAAAAUAUUGUCACUAGCAGCACUAUUGUUCCUUUGGAAAAUCAGAAUAAGGAACUCAAAGAAGAACAGAAAAGGGAAGAUAAAUAUAAUGAAAGUAUGACAAAAGAAACGGCAAUAUUUCAAAACAAAUUGUUAAACAACUUAGAUAAUCCUCAAGACAUAAACAAUUCCAUGCAAUUGAAAGACUCCUGUAUCAAUUCAUCUGUAAAUGAAAAUGAGAAAAAAAAUCCUAAUGGCCUGUUCUUUAUCUCUUGUUCUUCAACAAAAGCUGUUGAUAAACAAGUAAAAUCUACUGUGACAAAAUCCAUAACAAGGAAGCAGCCAAACAGACCUGUUACCACCACUGUUCAGAAGAAAGUAAGUCCAAAGAGACCACUGAGUCAAGCAAGAAUGUCUGAGAAUAAAAGACGUAAAACUAAUGAGACUACUGAGCAAAAUGAUGAGAUCAGAAACAACAAGAAGACAGACAAACCUAAGCAAAGUACUGUCAAUAGACAACCAUCACAAAAAGGAAGUUCAGCUGUCCAGGGUAGAGUCAAAGCUCCUGCUAAGGGUGUAGCUCAGUCAAAGUUACUAUUACUGAAGAAAACUAAAACAGCUUUGCCAAAACACCCAAUGCCCUUUGCUGCUAAGAAUAUGUACUAUGAUGAAAGAUGGAUGCAAAAACAAGAAAGAGGUUUUGUUCAUUGGCUGAACUUUGUACUGACUCCACCAGAUGAAUAUCAACAGACUACAAAAGUCAGAGUGGAUGCUGGAAGUUUGUGUGUAGACAACAAUAGAAACAAUGUCAAACUGGCUCCUACACGUGAAGUUCUGUCAUUCAGAGCUUAUUCUCAACACAGACGUUUGAACCAGCUUAGGAGAGCAGCAUGUAAACUGUUCCAGUCACAGGAAGUGGUCCAUGUGGUUCAAAAGGUCGAAGUUGAAGUGGAGAGUGAUAGAUUGUACAUUAGGAAAGACCGCAAAGUUCAUGCUGAUCUUGGUUUAAAGCAAGCCAUUUUAGAUAUGCUGUUAUCAUUCAAUCCUCUGUGGUUAAGGAUUGGUUUGGAGACAACAUUUGGUGAAAUGAUAAUGAUACAAAACAAUGGAGAUGUGAUUGGACUGUCACGCUUCAUUAUAACCAGGGUUUUAGGUAAUCCUGAUGUUGCCUGUGAAUUCUCUCAUCCAUCAGUACCACAUCUGUAUAGUCGUGGAUAUGCUGAAGCCAUUUCCAGACAUUUGCUGAAGAAGUUUUUGAUUUUGGUAUUCUUCUUAGAUCAUGCAAAAUCAAAUAGACUAGUACCCCAAGAUCCAUGUCUCUUCUGUAAAGAUGCUGAAUAUAAGACCUGCAAAACUAUGCUGAUAGAAUUUUCCAGAGAUUAUUUGGCAGGAGAAGGGGAUAUCACCCGACAUCUUGGAUAUCUUGGUUACCAAAUCAAACACACCCAAACAGCAAUGGAUGAAUUUGAUUAUGCUGUUUCAAACCUAGCAACAGAUCUCAAAGAUGGAAUUAGAUUAGCGCGUGUUAUGGAGAUACUAAGUGAAGAUCCUAGUCUAACAAAGAGACUAAGAGCCCCAGCUAUAAGUCGUCUACAAAAAAUACACAACAUGGAUGUAGUGUUCCAAAUCUUAGCCAAACAAGGAGUCAAUGUGGACCUGAAAGGUACAAAAGUGACAUGUAGAGAUGUAGUGGAUGGCCACAGAGAAAAGACAUUGAAAUUGUUAUGGUGUCUUAUUGUACAGUAUCAGGUUAGCUUAUUGUUGAAUAAGGAGCAGCUUAAAGAAGAGAUCAGGAUUCUGGAAAGGAGUCUGAUGGUAAGAAAUCAGCUGGCUGCCUUACAGAGAUAUGAAGAAUUCCUCAGUCAGAAGAAAAGAGAUUCUAUAGACCCAGAUCUCUUCUCACAGAAUGAAUUAGUUAUGUUGCUGCUGAAGUGGUGCAGAGUUGUCAGUGCAUACUAUGGAAUUCAGGUUGAAAACUUCACUGUAUCCUUUGGAGAUGGGCGUGUCUUAUGUCACCUGAUACACCACUACCAUCCAUCACUCUUGCCAAGGGAGAUAAUCAAACAUCAAACAAUGAUGACUCUGACUGAAGACACUGACCAGGCCAAUGACCAGAACAAUAGUCUGUCUGAUAGCUUUGGUCAACCACCAUUCACAGUUAAAGAAGAUGAUGCAUUGUUUGAACAGAUGUUAUCAAAUGAAAAAGACAAUUUCAAAACUUUGUAUGAAAAGGUAUCAGAAUUAGGAGGUAUUCCUCUAAUGUUACGAUCGGCAGACAUGUCUAACACCAUACCAGAUGAGAAAGUUGUUGUGACAUAUGUAACCUACUUAUGUGCCAGAUUGUUAGAUAUACGCCAUGAGUCUAGAGCUGCCAGAGUUAUUCAGUUAGCAUGGAGACGUCAUCACUUACAGAAAGUCAAGAAAGAAUUUGUGAUUAAGCAGAAAGCAGCAAUAGUUAUACAGAGAGAAGUGAGGUGUUUCAUCCACAAGAAAAGACAAGCCAGACAGGAAACAGCAUCUGUUAAAAUACAAACAGCAUGGAGAGGAUAUAGGGCCAAGAAACUGCUCAGUCACCUAAAAUGGAAGAGAGAUAAUGAAAAUAAAAUAAAAGCUGCAACAGUUAUUCAGAGAUACAUGUUAGCACAGCGAGAUAGAUCACAGUUCAAGCUUAAAGUCAAAGCUGCAAUAACUAUCCAGUCUACUGUUAGAUCGUAUUUACAACAACAGACAUACCAUCAAAUCAUCAAAUCAAUCAGAACUAUCCAAUCAAAAUAUAGAGCGUACAAACUGAAGCAGAAAUGUAGGUCAGAAUAUGUUGAGAAAAAGAUGGCUGCAAUCACCAUUCAAUCUGCUAUCAGGAUGAUAUCUGCUAGGAAAAACUUUAAAAGAGAAAAAGCUGCUUUGAAGAUCCAAACCACAUGGAGAAUGUACACUUGCAAAAAACUUUUAAAGAAGCAGUUGUCUUCUGUAGUGAAAAUACAAACCUUUUACAGGAUGGUCUGUCAAAUAAGAAAAUUUAAACAGGUUAAAAAAUCAGCUGUCACACUACAGAGAUACUUCUCAGCAUAUUUACUAAUGAGAAAAGACAGAGAGACUUAUCAAAAACAACUCCAAAGUUGUCUCAAAGUCCAAAGAUGGUGGAAAGCACUGAUUGAAUUGAAAAAAGCAAAACAGAAUGAAGCUGCCAUCAACAUACAGGCAGCUUUUAGAGGUUUUGUCCAGAAAAAGCUCUAUGUGAACACUAGAAGACAUGUUAUUAGACUCCAAGCAUUGGUUAGAAGAUGUUUAGCCAUCAAUCAAUACAAAAAACAAAAGCAAGCAGUAUUUAAAAUCCAGGAAUGGUACAGGAGACAUUUAUUGUUGGUUAAAUGUCAAAAGGAAUUUAGACAGCAGAAACAGUCUGUUGUUUAUCUACAAUCUUGUAUCAGAAGAUGGCAAUGCAUGAAAGAAUAUCAAAAUAUGAAAACAUCAGUCAUCAAAAUCCAAUCUUCUGUGAGAACCUUCUUAGCUGUGACUAGUUAUAAUAAAAAGAAGAAUGCUGUAGCAGUCAUACAGAAGCAUUACCAUGCAUGGUCAGUUAUGAAAAUAGAAAAGAGAAAAUAUGACGAGAUAAAACAAGCUUGUGUUGUAAUUCAGUCAUACUGGAGGGGUAGAAAAGUUAGACAGACAUUUGUUAAAAUGAACAAGGCAGCCAUUGUUAUACAGGCUAAGUUCAGAGGUCAAAUAGCAAGGAAUUAUUACCUUUGUUUGAAAGAAUUUGUCAUUGUAUGUCAGAGGAGGUUGAGAACUAAGUUACAGGAAAGAAUGGAAAGAGAAGAGAGAAUCAGAAAAACAAAGGCUGCCACUGUCAUACAGACCAUAUUUAGAGGCUUUAUAGAAAAACAGAGGUACAGAAGAUCCAUGUGCAGUAUUGUAAAACUUCAGACAAACAUAAGAGGGUUCCUGCAGAGAAGACGAUUUCUUAAACUAAAACAAUCUACCUUGUUAUUGCAAAGACAUUACCGUUCAUUUAAAGAAAGUAAAAAUGUUCGGAUAAUGUAUUUAGUAAAGAAAGGAGCAGCCAUUACAAUUCAAGGCUAUUUUAGAGGAUUUAUGGUGAGAAAGAUGGUAAAGAAGUUAAAUCUUUCAGCUACAAAGGUACAAUCUGUAUACAGAGGUUUCAGACAGAAACAAGGUUAUCUAUCUAUGAGGAAAUCUGCUAAAACAUGCCAAGCUUUAUAUAGAGCAAAAAUAACAGGAAUGAAAGAAAGAUAUAAAUACCUCAUGAUCAAGAUAUCAGCUCUAGUGAUUCAAAGACAUUACAGAUCAUACAAAAUAAGAAAAGUGGAACAAGAAAGACAUCAAGCUGCAUUGAAAAUUCAGACAAGCUACAGAUCUCACACAGGAAGAAUGCAAUAUUUAAAGUUGAAACAGAAUGUAAUAAAGUGUCAGCAUUCAUAUCGAAAUAAAAUGAUGGCAAGAUUUUGUAGGAGGCAAUAUUUAUGCACCAGAUCUGCCAUAGUAACAAUCCAGGCAAAUAUUAGAGGUUGGAAGGUCAGGAGAGAGUUGUUCAGACAACACAAAGCUGCAACAGUGAUCCAAUCAGCAUACAGGAGAUAUGUUCUCCAUAACAAAUUCACUCAGUUGAAAGAGGCCACACUUACUGUUCAAAGAAUAUACAGAGCUCAUGUAUUGGGAUCAUAUACCAGAACUGAGUUUCUUAUAAAGAAAGGGGCUGUCAUGACACUACAGGCAGCAUAUCAAGGAUGGAAGGUUAGAAAAGGGAUUGUACUGCAACACCAGAAUGCAAGAAUAAUUCAGAGUGCCUUCAGAGGAUACAUACAGCAUAACAAUUACCAAAGAUUGAAAAAAGCAGCAGUCAUUUGUCAGAAAGUAUACAGGGCACAUGCGCUAGGCUCGUAUGCAAGAAAAGAAUUCGUUAAUUUGAAGAAUGCAAUCAUUACUAUUCAAGCAAGACACAGAGGUCUGAAGGUCAGAAAUGAAAUGAAAAUGAAAAAUGAAGCUGCUAUAAAAAUUCAGUCGGUGUAUAGAGGAUAUGUUCAAUAUAGACAAUUUACAUCCUUGAAAGAGGCUGUCCUCUCUUGUCAGACAAUAUACAGGAAUAGUAUCAUGGGAGGGAGAAUGAGAAAAACUUUUCUACUUACAAAAUGUGCUACAAUAACAUUACAAGCUUUUAUCAGAGGAUGGAAAGUCAGACAGGAAAUGAGAAUGAAAAAUGAAGCUGCUAUAAAAAUUCAGUCGGUGUAUAGAGGAUAUGUUCAAUAUAGACAAUUUACAUCCUUGAAAGAGGCUGUCCUCUCUUGUCAGACAAUAUACAGGAAUAGUAUCAUAGGAGGGAGAAUGAGAAAAACUUUUCUACUUACAAAAUGUGCUACAAUAACAUUACAAGCUUUUAUCAGAGGAUGGAAAGUCAGACAGGAAAUGAGAAUGAAAAAUGAAGCUGCUAUAAAAAUUCAGUCAGUGUAUAGAGGAUAUGUUCAAUAUAGACAAUUUACAUCCUUGAAAGAGGCUGUCCUCUCUUGUCAGAAAAUAUACAGGAAUCAUAGCAUAGGAGAUAAACAUAGAAAAGCUUUUCUGCUUAACAAAUGUGCUAUAAUUACAUUACAAGCUUUUAUCAGAGGAUGGAAGGUCAGAAAGAAUGCUAAGAGACAGUUUCACGCAGCAGUAGUCAUUCAGUCUGCUUUUAGGAGACAUAUUGAACAUAAAAAGUUCACAAAAUUGAAGAAAGCAACUGUUACAUGUCAAAAGAGAUAUAGAGCUAGCAUUCUAUCUAAACAAAUUAGACGACAAUUUUUAAUACAAAAAGGAGCAGCUUUGGUUAUUGAGGAUUGGUACUGUGCUUAUUUAGAAAGAUGUAAAGAAAAGCAAAGACACAAAGGAGCUACUGUGAUUCAAAAGGUUUACAGAGGGUAUAGAGUAAGACAAAAGUACAGAAAAGUAAAGGAUGCAGUGGUGACACUUCAGAGACAUUACAAAAAUUACAGAACUACCAGACAAAUGAGGAAUCAGUAUUUAUCCAUGCAGGUAGCUGCUGUUAUUAUUCAGAAGUACUGUAGGGGUUAUCAGGUCAGGAAAAGGUAUGAUGAGGACAUUAAACAUGUGAUUAGAAUUCAGAGUGUUGUGAAAAGUUGUCUGCAACGAAAAAGAUUCAUUAAAUUGAAGUCUGCAGCUUUGAUUUGUCAGACAAGAUUUCGAGCAGUCAUGUAUGGCCAUCAGCAACGAUUGGCUUUCUUGAAGUUAAGGUCAGCUGCAAUUUUAAUACAGUCACAUGUGAGAAGAUGGCGAGCACAGCAGACUUUUAAAACACAAUUAUCUCAUAUUGUGACAAUUCAGAAAUCUUUCAGAGGAUAUUUAGCUCGCAAAAACUUUAAGUCAUUGAAGAAAGCAGUGUGUAUAAUUCAGAAUAGAUGGCGUAUUGUGAUGGAAAUGCAUAGAGUUCAGAGAGAUUAUUUAAUAAAGGAGGGUGCUGCUAUCACAAUUCAGUCUUGUUGGAAAGCAUAUUUGGCCAAAAAGGAAUACAAAAGAUUGCUUUGUUUAACUAUUAGUUUACAAGCUCUUGUGCGUAGCAGACAACAAAGACAGAAGUACAUGGAUCUCAAAUCGUCUGCUAUUACAAUUCAAAGAUAUUUCAGAGCCUGCAUGACUGGCAAAGAAGUUAGAAUGGGUUAUAUCAAAACAAAAGAGACAGUUGUCAAAUUGCAAGCAUUGGUCAGGGGAAAUCAAGCAAGAAUGGUGCUCAAGAGAAUGAAAGCCUGUAUCACAAUUCAGUCCCACUACAGACGAUAUAAAUGUGUCAAGAAAUACCAAAGAAUAAGAAGAGCUGUGAUAACAAUUCAGUCUCAAUACAGAGGUAUGCAGGAAAGGAAACAGUUUCAGAAGAAAGUGGAAGCUGUAGUCAAAAUACAGAAAUGUGUUAAGAGGAGAUCCUUUGCAAACCGUGUAAGAAACUACUUAGAAGAAAGAAGGCAUAGUGCUAUACUGAUACAAGCCUGUUAUAGAGGCUACCAGGACAGGAAAACUGUACACAGGCUGAAAGCUGUUGUAAAGAUACAGGCUUUGGUUAGAAUGAAGCUUCAGAGACUAAGAUAUAAAAAUCACAUUACAAAUGUAGUUGUUGUUCAGAGCUGUGUUAGGAGAUAUUUAGUUCAAAAGGAGACAGGAAAAUUAAGGAAAGAAAUAAGGGCUGUCACUUGUAUACAAAAAGCUUAUAGGAAAUUCAAAGAAAGACAACACAUAAAGUUACAGAAAAAAGCAAGACAAGCAUAUGUGAGGAAAUUUACCAAAAUGUUAUGGGUGAACUUAGCUGCCAUUACAGUGCAAAGAUUUUACAGAAAGUGCAAACUGAUGCAGCAAGCUAAAGAAAAACUUGGCAAGAUUCUUAUCAUUCAGAGAUGGAUAAAGGGAAGACUUUGUAGACUGAGGUAUUUGAAGCUCCAGAGGUCUAUAGCUGUCUUACAGAGGAAAGCCAGGCUUCAUCUGAAGACAAGACAGGAGGCUGCAGUAAAGAUACAGGCAGCUGUCAGGAGAUGGCUUCAAAUCAGAAAACAGAAACUUAAAAUUAAAGCCAUUGUCAAGUUACAGUCAAUUUGGAGAGGUGAACAAGUAAGAAGGAGAAGUAUUGGACAGAAGAUAGAAAAGAUAAGGAAGAGAGUGGAAAAAGCCAAUAGAUCAGCCACUGAAGAAAACAAACUUGGAAACAGAAUGGCAUCAGCUCUAGAUUACCUACUAAGAUACAAGCAGCUGUCUCAUAUCCUAGAAGUACUUAUACAUUUAGAUGUGGCCACACGUUUAUCAGCAGCGUGUUGUGAGAAGUUUGUAUCAGUCAAUGCUGUACAUGUGAUCUAUAGACUAAUGAGAGGAUGUAAUAGAAGUCAGCCUCACAUGGAACUUAUCAAAUACUCUGUUAGCAUACUGCUCAACUUAGCAAAGUAUGAGAAGACAGUGUAUGAAGUUUACAAUGUGGAUGGCUCUGUGGAUACAUUGAUAGAACUGAUGCAGAUCUACAGGGAGAAAGGAGCCAUCUUUAAUUCUACCUGUAUGUUGCUUGGAAUUCUGGGAAUGUUGGAUAAGUGUAGAAUGGAAAUACACCAAGACAAGAAGUUAGCUGAGAAAAUCAGGAGCAUUCACUUACUGACAGCACGAAAACACAAGAUUGAUGAGGGUAGACAAUUACGACAAGCUAGACUAUUGGCAGCUAAAAGUUUUAAUUGCUCGUUACCUAUACAUCAUAAAAAACAACACAAGAUAAAACCAGACUGGGUGUUGAGGAAAGAUAAGAUGAAAGAAUUACAAGACCCCUUGUCUGCUGUUAACUUUGUCAUGGAUUCUUUUCAAUUGAAAUCAAAAUGAUGUGUUUUGUUCAUCAUAAUUAUAACGUUUUAGUCAAAAUGUAAAUAUUCUGUCUUUCCUAAAUCUCUCUGUCAUCUUCUGCUUUGUCAGCACUUUGUUGUGUAUUAUUACCAUUUGUUGUACAUGUAUAAUCAACCAAUCGUCAUACAUUUAUUGCAUAUUGAAAUGUAUAACUUUUAUAGCAAUGACUGAUAUUUGUGACCAUCUUAUAGCUUGCUGAUUUUAGUUUUUGUUAAGUAUUUUAGUUUAGUUUUUUAACUGCCACAAUCUUCAUGUUUUGAAAGAUCAUCUGCUGAGUAAUUUGCUAGUUGUUUCUGUAUAAUGAAGAUGUCUGUGGCUGACCUUAUAAUUAAGGAAUACAUUAUUUGACCUUUUUCAUUUAAAAUAUGAGUAGCAGCCUCCUUGCAUAUUCAUUUUUGUAGGAAUUAAUUUACUAAAAAGUUUUGUUCAUUGUUGAAGGAUGUACAGUCUCUUGUAAUUGCUCUGGUCUUUAUUUGAUAGUUUUCUCAUUGCCAUCAUAUAUGUACAUUUGUACCACAUCUUCUUAUUAUUUAACUAAGUUGGUUGUUUUGAUCAUUAUUUUAUUUAAUAUGUAAAUUUCUUAUUUUUAAUGCAAAUUUUUUAUCAGAUUAAUCAUGCAAAGAAAUUGUUUUUAGUUAAUUGUAAACCUGCCUAAGAGUCUUUAACAGAGGUGAAAAAGGGAUAGAAAAAGAAGUUGUUUAAAUCUGAAACUUUUGUCACGUGAGAUGUCAUAAACAUGUUCAAAUUUACAUAUGUGAUCUAAACUGACCAUUUUACGCAUUUUUUUUGUCAAAAUGUAUAUGAGGAAGAAACUUUACCAAAAAGAUAUUUUAAAUUUAUACUCAUUAGUUUCUGUGUAAAAUAUAUUUUGUAGCAAAAUAUCUUUUUGGAUAAAGCUCAUGCUUAUAUUUAAAUUUUAAUGACAUGAUCUCAAAUGAGACAAAUUGGUAUUUUUUUUAUAUGUGGUAGUAAUAAAUGACAGUUGUUUGAAGCCUUAGUGAUAGUAUGCAGAACGGAAUUCAAAAAUAUGAAGAACAAUUUUGGUCUAAUUAAUGUCUUAUGAAGGGACCAGAAAGUGGCUUUAUCAUGCUCUGAAUUGAAUACACAAUGACAAAAAUUACAUUCAUUUCUUAAUCUUUAGCCGGAAAUACACAUCAUAUGGAAUACAAUAGAUGAUUGGAGAUGAAUUUGAUACUCUAGACAAAGGGAGAUAAUUCAAAAUAGUUAUCAAUAAAUUUACUAUCUCUAUGAAGUUAAAUUAUCUUGAUUUAGUAAGCUUUAAAAAUGAAAGCCUAACCUUUUCUGAGAGUAGGCAAGUAAUAAAGAUUAAAUUUACAUGCUUUAUAGUGUGGUAGGCCUAUUCAAGCUUUUUAUGACAAUUUGAAACGAACGAAUUUUAUUGAACUGUGUUAGUUGUCACAGAUUAGCACUUAAAAACCCCAUCAAUUUAAACUCAAUUAGUAAUUUAUCAGUGAUGUAUUAUACAUAUAUUAUCUUACUUUUAUUAUGUGAAUUUUUACAAAUGUAUACAUGGUUAUUUUAAUAUUCACACCUGAAAGCAUGGUAUGAAGAAUUAAUUAAUGUAUCAACAAAUAGUAUUUAUAUAGGGGACUAUCUUCUGCAGACAAUACAGUAAAACAGGCAAUUUACAGAAGGAUUUUAGUAGUAAAUGUUGGUUACAUCACAUGUGUUUUAUUUAUUUACUAACCUGAAUUCAUUUUACUAUCCCUUGACCAUAGAAUUUGUUUUCAUAUAUUGUGUUUUGGGUUUGCAUCAACAUCAAGUUUUACAAUAAUAAAACUAGUUAUUCCAAAAUGGAAAAUAUAUAUUUUCAGAUGCUGUAUAUUUUUUUAAUAAAUUAACUUUUUACAAUUUUAUGCCAUUCGUACCUUUCAAACAAUUGACUCAAUCUAGACAGAUUAACAAACUCAUUUGCUCAUCUUAUUUAUUUUUCAUCAAAAUGAAGGAAAUUAAACAAUUUCCUCAAGGGGUGCAUCGCUGCAUUUAUACUAUGAACAUAAGUUGUCAUUAUUUUUAUCAUGUCUGUAUGCUACAAAAAUACAUUAUUGUUAUGGAGGAUAAUCAUAUUAUUACUUUAAAGUUACAUAGAUAUGUACAUUUUGUACCAGUAUUAAUAAAAUAUACAGAAAAAGA